AUGUCAACGGCCAAUUUUGAGGCCUUUAAUGUUAUAUCAAACAGGCUUAUACAAGAAGAAUUAUCAUAUGAUUGUGUGGAUCAAGAGAAAGAGAACCAGGAAUUGGUAAGGCAGUUAACAGAAGAGCAAAAUUUCAUAUACAAUGAGGUGUUAACAGAUAUUGAUCGCAAAGCUGGCGGGUUAUUCUUCAUUUAUGGUUAUGGAGAGACUGGUAAGACAUUUUUGUGGCAAGCAUUGUCCUCCGUUUUAAGGUCUAAGAGGGAAAUAGUGUUAAAUGUUGCAUCUAGCGGCAUAGCUUCGCUUUUAUUACCAGGUGGAAGAACUGCACAUUCUCGAUUUGUCAUACCGAUAUCUGUUAAUGAAGAUUCCACUUGCAACAAAAGUCACGACAGUCCAUUAGCAGAGCUUAUUGUUCAAAGCAAGUUGAUAAUAUGGGAUGAAGCCCCAAUGAUGCACAGAUUUUGUUUUGAAGCUCUAUACCGAACUAUGAGGGAUUUGUUGCGCUUCAAACAUCCAAGUAGUUAUGAAAUGACAUUUGGUGGUAAAACAGUUCUUUUUUGUGGCGAUUUCAGGCAGAUUCUACCAGUAAUUUCAAAGGGUACAAGACAGGAUAUUGUUCGGGCGAGCAUUAGUAGUUCCUCAUAUUUUUGGAAAUCCUGCAAAGUAUUUAGGCUAACUAAUAAUCUACGCCUAAGAAGUGUACAAUCACAAAUCGAGGGUAAAGAGAUUGAGGAGUUUGCAAAAUGGAUAGCUAAUAUAGGUGACAGAAAUGUUGGUAAUUCAAGUGAUGGUGAGUCAGAUAUUACAGUUCCAGAACAUUUAUUGCUGAAGUGCGAGGAUGACCCUAUUGCUACAAUGGUCGAUAGCACCUUCCCUCAUUUUAGACUGGGGAUUGGCGAUCUGUCAUAUCUUAAUGAUAGUGCUAUUUUGGCUCCAACAUUGGAUGUGGUAGAUAGCACUAACCAAUACAUAAAUGAUCAUAAUCCUACUGAGGGUAGGACUUACUUGAGUCGUGAUUCUGUUUGUAAGUCAGAUUCAAAUGUUGAUAUGUUAGCAGAUUUGCACACUCCCGAAUUCUUGAAUGGCCUAAGAUGUUCUGGAGUACCAAAUCAUUCUUUGACAUUGAAAGUUGGGUCACCUGUUAUGCUCUUGAGAAAUAUUGAUCACACACUAGGAUUAUGCAACGAUACAAGGUUGAUUGUUACUAGGUUAGCUGAUCAUGUGUUGGAAGCCAAGAUCAUGUGCGGUACAAAUGCAGGAACAAGAGUAUUAAUUCCUAGAAUGUCACUUACACCGUCAGAUCCAAGAAUGCCUUCAAAUUUCAACGGAAGCAAUUCCCGUUGA